GUGUCAAUUGAACCGUCCACCACCAUGGAACAACCCGCGUUUGACGACACUUUAGUUGUGCGUGGUGCACCAGCACCGGCUGAUCUAACGUUGGGAUCACGAUCUCUCGGUGAACUGUUUCUUAAAGUGCUGCGUAACAAGCCCAGCGCUGUAGCUCUGGUAGAUGGUGUAACUGGGAAAGAGUAUACGUAUGCGGAGUUGCUGGAACGUUCCUGUCAACUAGCUGUCUAUCUGACCGAUCACGGCAUUAAGCGAGGAGAUGUGGUGGCGAUAGUGGCUGAAAAUCGUAGCGAGUACCCUAUAACGAUCAUUGCACUGUUUCUGGUGGGAGCUACGGCUGCACUAUUCAAUCCAAGCUACACCUCACGGGAGCUCGUUCAUGCCUUGGGCGUCGCUUGUCCCAAGCUAGUGUUUGUGUCGUCGUUGGCCAGAGAUGCGCUGCUGAAAGCUAGUCGAUCCGUCAAGCAAGGGUUCACCGUUAUCUCUUACGAUGCACUGGAACGCAGUACAACCUUUGCCCAGUGUUUGCAACGAUCCAACAAACAAUGCAACGCCGAUUCAUUGCAACCAGAUCCGGUCGAUAUUGCCGAGGAAGUGGCUGUCAUUGUAAUGUCCUCCGGUACGACUGGUUUACCGAAGGGCGUACUAAUCACGCACCGCAACGUAAUGGCUACGAUGGCCAAUGUGCGCGAGGCGCUUGAGAAAGGUUUUCCACUGCACUGUAGCCUAGAUGUGUUGCCCUGGUUCCAUGUGGCCGGCGGUAUGUCGAUGGUAAGCUGGCUCGGUGCUAACCUGACCGUAGUCUAUCUGCCACGGUUCGAGCCACGCACCUAUCUACGCUGCAUCGAACGAUACAGGCCAAGCUUCCUCAACAUGGUACCACCAAUUGUUGUUUUCCUCGCCAAACAUCCGGCCGUACCCGAGUACGAUCUGUCCUCGGUACAAACGAUCGCUUGUGGUGCAGCACCUCUCAGCCGGGAGGUGGAGGAACUGAUCUACGCCCGGCUACCGGGUAUAAGAAUCCGACAGGGCUAUGGGAUGAGUGAAACUACGCAAGCAAUCACAUUCUACGACAGUGAGCAACCGAAACCGGGUAGCAUUGGUAAGGUGCGGGCCGGUCAGUUAGGCAAGGUGGUUGAUCCCGACACGGGUCGGGCUCUCGGUCCUGGCCAACAUGGGGAACUUUGCUUCAAGGGUACGUUGAUCAUGAAGGGCUACAUCGGAGGAGAGCGCGUGAUCGACGCGGAUGGUUGGCUACACACUGGCGACGUUGGCUAUUACGAUGCGGACGGUGACUUCUUCAUUGUCGAUCGUAUUAAGGAGUUGAUCAAGUACAAAGCUUUCCAGGUGGCUCCGGCCGAACUGGAGGCUCUGCUGCUAAGCCACCCGGGUGUGAAAGAUUGUGCCGUGGUGGGCAAAAAGGACGAGCGUGUUGGUGAGCUGCCGCUAGCGUUUGUGGUACGGGCCGAAGGGACUCCAGUUACUGAGCAGCAGCUAGUUCGGCACGUAGAAGCACGAGUUUCGAACGAGAAGAGACUGCGUGGAGGAGUGAUCUUCGUAGAGGAGAUUCCAAAGACGGCUAGUGGCAAAAUCUUGCGUCGCACGUUACGCGAAUUGGCAAAUCAAAAAGCGAAAUUGUAG